AUGCCUUUCAACACAGCCCUGACUAGGAAACUUGGGAUAUCAAUUCCUGUGGUACAGGGUGGUAUGCAAUGGGUCGGAUACGCAGAGAUGGCCUCCGCGGUCAGCAAUGCUGGCGGUCUGGGAAUUCUCACGGCACUCACCCAGCCAACGCCGAACGCCCUACGAGAAGAGAUUCGCAGAUGCAGGAUCAUGACUGAUAAGCCGUUUGGUGUCAACUUGACCCUUCUCCCUGCCAUCGUACCUCCAGACUAUCAAGCGUACGCCCAAGUGAUUAUCGAAGAAGGUAUCCGCAUUGUCGAGACAGCUGGAAACAACCCGGGCCCGGUGAUUGAGAAGCUCAAGAAGGCGAAUGUGACUAUCUUGCACAAGUGUACCACCAUAAAACAUGCCAAGUCGGCCGUCAAAUUGGGGGUUGAUUUUUUGUCCAUUGACGGGUUCGAAUGCGCGGGUCAUGUCGGGGAACACGAUCUCACAAACUUUAUCUUGUUAAGUCGGGCAAGACAGGUGUUAGGGGUUCCGUUCAUUGCUUCUGGGGGGUUUGCAGAUGGCAACGGGUUGGCAGCAGCACUUGCCUUGGGCGCCGAAGGGAUCAAUAUGGGUACCCGUUUCAUGGCCACUGUCGAGGCGCCGAUCCACCUUAACGUCAAAAAGGCAAUUGUGGCUGCCAACGAGCAUCAAACAGACCUUGUCUUACGUCGAUGGAAGAACACCUCGAGGCUUUUUCGCAACAAGGUUACACAAGAAGCGGUGCAACUCGAGAAGAGCAGCCAGACCGGUGACUUCAAAGAGAUCCAGCCUUAUGUUGACGGUAAACGGGGCCGACAAGUUUAUUUAAAUGGUGAUGUUGAGUAUGGCGUGUGGUAUGCUGGUCAAGUCAUGGGUCUUAUCAAUGACAUCCCGACCUGCCGGCAGCUCCUUACACGCAUAGAAUCGGAAGCCAUUGAUGCCAUACGGAGGUCAGAGUCACUCUAUACAGAAGCACCAGCUCAGAGUAAGAUCUAA